AUGCUUGCAAAGACCGCCCGCGCUAGCGCACUGCGUUCCUGUAUGCGCUCAUUUGCCUCGUCUGCAGCGAGAUGCCAGGCAACUCCUAUCGAGAAACCUGUGCUAAACAAGGAAUUCAAAAUCUAUCGCUGGAACCCAGAUGAACCUGCGACGAAACCCACUCUACAAUCCUACGUUAUUGAUCUCAACCAAACUGGGCCCAUGAUUCUCGAUGCGCUCAUCAAAAUCAAGAACGAAAUCGACCCCACGCUUACCUUCCGUCGUUCAUGCAGAGAGGGUAUCUGUGGUUCUUGCGCGAUGAAUAUCGACGGUCAAAAUACCCUCGCCUGUCUCUGUCGCAUAGACAGAAACCCGAGCAAAAACUCCAAGAUUUAUCCACUUCCUCACAUGUAUAUCGUGAAAGACCUGGUUCCCGACCUCACGCUAUUUUACAAGCAAUACAAGUCCAUUAAGCCCUACCUCCAGAACGACAACUUACCCGAGCAGGGCGAGUUCUUGCAAACGCAGGAAGACCGCAAGAAGCUCGAUGGUCUGUAUGAGUGUAUUCUAUGUGCAUGCUGCUCGACAAGUUGUCCAUCGUACUGGUGGAAUCAAGAUGAAUACUUGGGUCCUGCAACGCUGAUGCAGGCGUACCGCUGGAUUGCGGACUCUCGUGAUUCAUACAGCUCCCAGAGAAAGGAGCAACUCCAGAACGAGAUGAGCAUGUACCGUUGCCACACAAUCUUUAAUUGCGCACGUACCUGCCCCAAGGGUCUUAACCCUGCAGAGGCCAUUGCGAAGAUCAAGCUUGAGCUGGCAGCCGAAUAA